UAUAUAUAUAUAUAUAAACACACAUAAACACACACACACACACAUAAUGACUAUGUUUUUCAGGGACUUCCUGUGUCUGUGGGUCUGUGGGGCUCAGGAUUGUUGUUAAUCAUCCUUUAUGGCAUUUUCCGGAGAGCUAUAGUAGUUGGUAUUACUUUGAUAUUUCUACAGUACCCUGAUAUUUAUAAAAUAAGUGAUCUGUGCAGUUAUUUUCUAAUGGUGCAGUCAAAAAAUUGCUUGUACUGUGUGGUCAAAAGCAGGAGGGAACAGGAAACAGCAUGGGUCGGAUUUGUAAACAUCAGUUGUCAGGGCUGUAAAUAAACCUGUCACUGUCAUCACAUUUUAUAUAGCGUCUUAGUGAACAGUAUGAGCAAAGAAUAGAAUAAGUCAGCAGGUCAAAGUUCAAUCAGAAAGAAGACAGAAGUUUUCUUUCUUCAAGUUUACAUCCAAAAAAAAAAUCAAGGUUCUGAAGAUAUAUACAGCCUAUGAACAGAUAUGUAUGAAAAUAAUCAAUAGUUGCAGUCUUGACAGUGAAGAAUUAGCUCCACUUUUGCCAGCUACAGCAGUAAAAUGCUACAUAUACAUUAAUUAAUUAGUAAUAGUAAUAUAAUUACAUAAUAUAUAAUCGUAUAACACUCACAGAGGAUGUUUUUCUACCUUUUUCUCAGUACUUUUGAUAUAUUAAGUAGAUUUUAGCUGUCCUGUAAGGCAGGACUUUUUACUUUAUUAGUAGUUGUACUUUAUUAGUAUUAGUACUUAAAUAAAUAAUCUCAGUACUUUUUUCACCUCUAUUAUCAGUAAACCAACUUCCAACUCUUUUAUUUUGAAAGUUCAAUAAGAGGAAGUUCUCUAACAAUCUGAACAGCUUUAUUCUGACACGUUGAGUCCCAAACAGUAGUGGACUCCACCCCCCUGCCUCUACCUGGGCCACGCGGCAACACCUGCCGUACCUGUCCGCACAGGUAGAGCGGUGUUGGAGAGCAGCGGUGCAUCGGGAGCGAUCUGCAGGACGGGGGUGGGAAGAAACCUUAACGUUAACCAUGGCGGAGUCUCAGCUGGUCUGCAUGGACGACGAACACGUCAACGAGAAGAUCCCGGAGUCCAGACCGGAGUUUUACUACAGCGAGGAGCAGCGCGCGGCCCUGGAGCAGCUCCUGAAGAACGGGGACGGCGCCUUCAAGAUGCGGCUCAAAGAGGACAACAUCAAGGACUUCCUCUCCGCCAGGGAGGUGAAGUUCAUCCGGAAAACCUUCCACGAGUACGACACGGACAGCGACUCCGAGUCCGGGGAGCACGAGAAGUCCAAGGAGUCCUCCAGCGCGGACUCCGGCGUCCACUCCACCUACUGGCCCCAGAUGUCCGACACCGAGGUCCCAUCUCUGGACCUCGGCUGGCCCGGCAGCAGCGGCAUCUACAAGGGGGUGACCCGGGUGUCCGUGUACACCCAUCCGCCCAAAGAGCCCGGGCCGCACAUCAAGGAGGUGGUGAGGAGACUGAUACAGGAAUCUCACAAGGUGGUUGCCAUAGUCAUGGACCUCCUGACAGACCUACAGAUCCUUCAGGAUCUGCUGGAUGCCUCGUCACGGCGUGGGGUGGCUGUCUACGCUGUGCUGGAGGCCAGCGGAGUGCCCCACUUCCUGGAUAUGUGUGCUCGCCUGCAGAUUAAUGCAGUGCAUCUGCGGAAUCUCCGUGUGCGGAUGGUGAGAGGUGCAGGGCUGGCCCUGUCCUUUGGAAAACUGCCUGGCUCAUUAUGCUCCAAAUACAUGCUGGUGGAUGGAGAGAAAGUCAUGUUUGGGUCUUACAGUUUCACCUGGAGUUCGUCACGAAUGGACAGGAACACGAUCACGGUAAUGUCGGGACAAAUCGUGGACUUCUUUGACAAUGACUUCAGGGAGAUAUACGCCGUGUCUGAACAGGUGGACCUCUACAGGGAGUUCAACAUCACCAAGCCGCCUAUUGCUACGCCCAUCAGGAAGCCAAAGGUGGAGCAAAUCUUGCCUCCGCCUGUCUCUAUGUCUCGCUUUCAAGUAUCAGUUGGGGACUCCAGACAGAUCGAUCUGAAGGUGCCUGCUCAUAAAUACCACAAUCCGAAGUACUCUCUGGUUUUCGGGAACAGUAUGGGCCUCACAGGUUCUCUACAGGACCUGUCAACUGCGAGGGACUCACUGGUCAGUGGGCUGAACCAGAGGAAUGGCCUCAAGGAAAAGGUGGACCGAGUCCCCCCGCAGAGUCCUCGUUCACCUGCAGAGGAGGAGGAUGAGGAUGGGAAGGGAGGUUCAAAGAAGUCACCUGGAGCAAGGAAACAGCGCAGCUCCUUCAGGCACUUCUUAAAAGGCAGAGGAGGCAAUCAGAGCACAGAGACUAUAGAGGAAGGUGUGGUCACUCCUCAGAGCCCAUCGCCCAACUGGAAAGUGUCAGAAACCAAUGGCGUUGCAGGAACUGAGCUGGAUGAAUCGUUUGAGAUCAUUGAGAAACCAGGUCCAUUGAAAACCAAAUUCAAGAAGCCCUCAAAGCUUGUUCAGAGGAGUAUGUCUCUGCAGACCAUCAACACAGGAGACGAAGAUGGACUCAAAAGCCGGCGGCGGCAUCAAAAGAAGAACUGCAUCCAGUCAUGAGAUCAAAAACACAAGUCUGUUAAUAGGGUUAUAAAGAGCAGCUGGAGGAUCUGGUGGUUAAACAUUAUGCAGCAGCUGAGUCACAGUAUCACCUUACUUCAACCAGGUGAUGUUACCUUACAACAACUGAGUGCAGUCCUGUGUCUCUGGCCUCUGACACUGCUUCAGUUUGGGUGAAAGUCCUUUCGCUGUGCUUCAAGGGAGUCACGACCAAAGAGAUGUUUAACCAAUCAUGUGAUGAAAAAAAUGUCAACUCAAGCCUUUAGCCAAAGUGCUGAUGGAGGGAGAUUCCAAUGCCAUUAUUUUGUUUUUCUAGGCUUUUUGUAUUCAAUUAUUCCACAGUUUCUUUUUUUAUAUUUUACACUUGUAUGCUUGAACCUGAACGCCACACAGUAAACUGACCUGACCCCCAAGUGGCGUGGGUGGGAUUACGUCACGCCACUGGUUGCUACGGAGACAGGAAAAGUGAUCAGUUGUGCCGUUGUCCCCUAGUUUCACCUUACAAAGGACCCUUGGUAACAGAGGAAGUGUUCAUCAGAGUGUGUUGUACAGGCUGUGAAUAAUGUAGUGUCGACACAGUCCAUGCCUGUUUGUGCUGUACGAGGGACUUUGUACAUUUGCACUUUGGGGUUUUGUUUUGUUUUUUUUGUUGUUGUUUUUUUAAAUCCAGGUGAAACUGGAGGAGAUUAAAAUGUGAAUCCUUAAGAACCACUUGAGACACAAAUGAUCAGUUUUGUAGCAAGAAUUGAAUAAAAGAUGUGAAAACAUGAAAAAAAA